AAGCGUAAUUCGUAACUUUGCAACCAAAACACACAAGACACAACUGGUUUUUAUAACCUCAACCAAAUGACUUUAGGUAAUUUUUUAAAGUUUUUUUCUUUAAGCGCUAAACAUUUACUAUAAAAGUGAUAAAUUCAGUACCCUAACAUUUUGUUUGCCACAAUAGAACAAAAUACGAAAAAAUGGCUUCUGCAUAUGGAAUUCAUUUGGGUAACAGCUCGGCCUGCCUGGCCGCCUACUCAAAUGGUGCUGCAUCUGUAAUAGCAAACGAUGCUGGUGAUAGAGUGACUCCAGCCAUUGUAGCUCUGAACGGUUCCGAAUGGGAAAUAGGCCUCGCCGCAAAAUCAGGGCAGGCGCUCUCCAAAGUGAUCAUAAAACAUAACAAAAGAUUGAUGAACUGUGACUGGAGUGAAGAAGAUUUCUCUUACGUCGAAGCGGCUUCAUCAUGCCGCAUCCAGAAUGAAGAAAAAUUAACAUACGAGUUCGAAACAAGUGAAACGACUCAGUACUCAAACCCUGAUAAUAUUGCCACUAAGAUUUAUGCAAAAUUAUUUACUAUAGCCAGUCAUUCCAUGAGUAACGAAAGUGAUUUAAAGUUGGUUAUGGCUGCUCCGUUGUAUUGGUCAAAUGAGAGUAGAGAUAGGUUAGUAAAAUGUGCUGAAAUAGCAGGAUUUGAUGUACUGCAAGUGAUAAGCGAGCCAGCAGCUGCCUUAUUGGCCUAUAAUGUUGAAGAAUCUGCUGAAGACAUAAAUGUGUUAAUAUAUAGGCUUGGUGGAUCUUCUUGUGAUGUUUCAAUUGCAAAGGUUUCUGGAGGAUUUAUCACAGUUGAAAAAAAUAUAUUUAGGUCUGAUCUCGGAGGUCAAUGUAUUACUAAAGAUUUAGCUGACUAUAUAGCUCAAGAAGUAAAACAAAAAUGGAAAUUAGACCCACAAGAGAGUCGCAGAGCCAUGCAGAAACUUUUACAUCAUGCGGACAAUUGUAAGCACAUACUUUCUACUCUCAGUUCUGCUCAUGUCUUUAUUGAAUCACUAAUGGAUGGUGUGGACUGGAGUCAAAAUAUUUCCCGAGCUAGGUUUGAAAACAUUCUGUCUGCAAAGUUAUCAGCAUAUAUUGAACCAGCUCAAACAAUCAUUGACAGCUUUGAAGGGAAAAUUCAUAAAAUUGUGUUGUGUGGUGGAAGUAUGAAGAUUCCUAAAUUGCAAUCUGCCAUUGGCAAUCUCUUGCCUGAAGCAGAAGUCCUCUCUGGUAUUAAUCCAGAUGAAGUUAUAGCAAUGGGGUGUGCCCGUGAAGCUGGGAUGUUGCUUGAUGUGCCCGAGUUUAACUUGCAUGAUUUGAAUACUGAAGUUGAGUUUUUAGGGAAGGAUAUCUACCUGAAAUAUUUGGAUCAAACAGUUCAGUUGUUCAAAGAGGGCACUCCUCCUUUUACACAAAAUGUAUGCAGUGUCGAGGCAACUAAUGAUGUGAAGGAUAUAAGUUUUACUUUACAUGAGCAUCCUGAAAGUGAGAAGUUUGCUGCGGAAACAUUUAAUAUUGAAAAUUUGAACAAGCCAUUUACUUUAAAAGCCACUUUACAGCCUUCAAAUGUUUUGUUGCAAGUAGAGUAAAUUACAAUAUAUUUAUAUUGUAAAUUAUUUUUUAAUAAUAACAGAUGUGAGUUCGAGA